UGAAAAACACGGUGUAAUAGGAUCGUUGGAAAGUUCUAAAGAAUUACUGUUCUAAUUAGAGACUCAGGAAAUUAGUGAUAACGACGGUUGAUAUCUGUCCGCGAGAACGGGAAGCGUGAUUUGAUAAAUCGACGCCGGUUCAUCCGGUAGGUUCCAUUGCGUCGUCAGUCGUGAAACCGUCGAACUGUGCAGGCCACUCGAAAUGCGGUGUGCGUCGUUCCUGGUCGCUCUGCUGUGCAUUUUCAAGUGCAUCGGGCUCGUAUCCGCGAUAUGCACCGUGAGCAACCACCAAGGAGGCUCGGGUAAUCGCUUGCAAUGUUCGAAUGCCACUCUGCAGACGAUUAACAAUCAAACGACGGACGUGUCUGGCAUCAUGAUCUUCAAUUCGGAUCUGCGAUACAUCCAGGAGCGGAUGUUCAUCAGAUACGCGAGGUAUCUGCAGUCCUUGAACAUGCACAAUUGCCACAUCAACGACAUCCACUCGGAUGCGUUCGACGGGCUGGCCAGUCUAAAGAAGCUCGCUCUACCUAACAACAAUCUGACGAGGGUAAAGGAGGAGUGGUUCAACGAUUUGGUAUACUUGGAACAGCUAGACUUGUCGUUCAAUCACAUUAGCAUGAUUGAGUCGUCGAUCUUCGGGAAGAUGCCGCUACUCAAACGGCUCGAUAUCAGAGAGAAUCGUUUCACUUGCAUAGAUCCGUCACCGUUGCCGGGUGGUAUCGACAAACUGUAUUUCAACGGUAAUCCGUUGACCUUCAAGUCCCGAGGAACGUUGACUCUGUGGCUGCGGGACCACGGGGUGGCCUACAAGAUCGAGUCGAUCGAGAAGGAGGCUUGGCUGGAUAAGCUUCUUUGGCUCUGCGCCAUCGGCGACGCGAGCGUGGCCGAAUCGGAGGAGCUGAUCAAAGAAUGCGUUAUCCUAAACGCGUUCAAUCAGCUGCGUACAGGCCUGAGUACCGCGGAGUCCUAUCCCCUGGUCACCAACUGUGCGGUGCAGAGGAAUCUUUUGACGAGCUGCAUAGUUACCGAGACGCAAAGACAGCAGUCACUGACUAACGGGAACGUGAUCAAGAAGCUCCUUCUUUACAUAGGCCAAGCCAAAUCCGUUUAAAGAUGAAACGCGAAAGGAUUGCACGGGUCAAAGUCAAUUAAUUUAAUAAUUAUUUGUAUUCUAUCGUAAUUGUAUAAAUAAAACUUGUCUGCAAUUAUCGAG